AUGUCUAUGCUGUACAUGAAUAUCGCUGAAAUCGCGGUUUUUCUCAUUAAGUACAGAACCCUAACCAUUUUCCUUGAUAACUCGCGCACAUCACUCUUCAUGCUUCAUUCAUUCCCCGCUCAAUUAGCGCUUAUCAACUAUAAACAUAUAAACAUAUCAUGUGAAAGCUGUAACAUUGUGGUUUCUAGAUAUGUAUAUAACUCUUCAAAUAUCAUCCAUUAA